AGCCGCCGCCGUACGUUUCUUCUCAACAAUGCCUGAGGCUUUGCCUCCUCCGCCUCCUCCGAUUCCACCGGAUCCAGCUCCGCCUUCUCCGAUUCUACCGGUUUCAGCGCCGCCUUCCUCUGUUUCUCCUUCACGGGUUCAAUUUUCUUUCCCAAUCGAUGUGGAGAUGUCAGAUUUGUCAUCUUCUUCCUCUCCUCCUCUGGUAAAUCUGAAAACUCAUGAUAUUCCCUCUGAGAGAGGAGUUCUCGGAGUGGCCCCUUCUUCUUUUCUGGCACGGGAUAACGCUUACGUUCUUCCCUCUGUCCCGAUAGAGUCUUCUUCUCCGUCGGUUGUCUCGCCAACUUCACGGGUCUCUAAUCCAACUGCUGGAGUUUUAGGAGCUGGUUUCAAUUGGGCAAAAAAUGUUACCUCUUCAGGCAAAAUACCAAUUUCUUCAGCUCCGGUUUCAAUUUCUACCGAAGGUCGUCCUAGGGUGAAGGUUCCAAACGCAGUAUUUGAACGUGGUGCAAAACUUCACGAAGAUUACAUAGUGGGCGUUUUCUAUGGUAGGGCACCAUCUUAUGGUAAGAUUUGGGGAGUUUUAAACUUCCUCUGGGGAAAGGAUAAGAGACAUGAACUAUGGCGAGUGGGUGAUUCUCCUUUCUUUGUUAUGCCUUGGACGUCUGAAUUCACAUUUAACCCUCCAUCUCUUGAUAGGGCUCCCGUGUGGGCUUCCAUAAAGAACAUCCCUUUUGAUCUGAUUACUCCCGAAGGGCUUAGCAUCAUCUGUCGGCCUUUGGGGAGAGCUGUGGAUUAUAACCUUUCAAUACAAGAGGAUGGUCAUAUCUUGCUUUUGACGGUUACUUUUCCCUGGUUACCUCCACUCUGUUCAAUUUGCAACGAAAUUGGACAUAAGUCUGUUUUAUGUCUGAAUGCUCCUCCCGCAGGUCAUCAGUCGUCUAAUUCUCGAUCAGAAAAUCUUCCCUCCAAAAGUCCAGUUUCAAAGCAACCAGGGUCAUCUUUGGCUGAACCAAAAAAGGUUUGGAUUCAGGUUCAAGGUAAGAAUGUCUCAGAGGUGGUUCAUAAUGUUGAUACAACAGCUCCUUCUGCGCCUAUGACCUCUAAUACUCAAGCUCAUCCACUUGUUUCUCAUUCGAUGCCCCAAUCCUCCGCAGAUUUGUUAGUUACAUCUGUGACUGAUGACCCUGUGAAGGUCCAAAAAGUUAAUCUUGUCUCUGGCCAACUUCCACCAUCAGAAGCUGGUGUGGUUAGUAGCUUCUCCGAGAACUUAGCCCCUUCUCACUCCAGGUCUGAAACUCCUUUUGUAUUAGCUUCUCAUACGGUUUCUCCAUCAACUUUAGCUUUGGCUACUAUUCCUCCUCCUAGUACUUCCAACCCUUUUGAUAUGCUGCAAGAAGCGGAGAGUGAUAUGGUCUUAGUUGCAGCUGCUCUUUCCCCAGCAAAUUCUGGUUUGCCUUCCUCUUCGUCAACAUUCUCGGAAAAGAAAAAGAAGAAGAGAAAGUGGGAUGCUCAACACUCUCCUCCUCACGGUGGUGUUCUCUCCAUUCUAGGAGAGAAGCGCCACUCCCACUAACCUCUUUAUAUGUCAGAUACCUUUUUUUGGAAC